CUCAAAAAUGGAGGCUCUUCCAAUAAUGCCUAUGCUGGCUCCACAAUCGAGAUCCUCAACACUUUCCUACGAUAAUAUCCCAAAUUUUGACUUUAGAUUACGCAUGAAAGAGUAUAUUCUGCUCACUUUCAACGCGGACCCCCACGACUACGAUUCGGCGUUCGACGAGCUGACACAAAUGAAAUUUGAAGCCAACGUUCCGACGCCAUCUGUGGAGCAAACUCUGAAAUUAAAAAGAUAUUACGGCCAGCUGUGUAUGAUGCAGAAAAGAUUCCCAAUGGGAGCCGGAGAACAGCUUGAAACACCGUUUGCAUGGCACGACGGUCUAAUCGACAUCAGAAGUGCUCAAAGUGAAGUGACAAUUUGUGAUAUUGAAUUCGAAAAAGCGUCUGUAAUGUUCAAUAUUGGAGCAUGUCAUGCACAAUAUGCUGCCGAGCAGACAAGGGAUACACAGGAUUGUAUAAAAGCAGCAUUUAUGCACUUUCAAUAUGCUGCCUACGCCUUCGAACAGCUCAAUUCAUUCAGAAAUUCGGAUAUUUUUUAUCCGUCAGUGGAUUUGGAUGCAAAUGUCAUUUCGUUUUAUUAUAAAGUGAUGAUUGCUCAAGCUCAAGAAUGUCUGGUUCAAAAGUCACUUUUAGACAAUCGAAGUGCAAUUGUAAUUGCAAAAUUAUCACUUUGGUUACAGGAAGCUUAUGAUUCAGCAGCGAAAAUUGUCGAUGAAUGGAGUGUUAAUAUACCUGAAUCUGUACAGAGGUAUUAUGCGAAGAUAUGCUCAUUAAAAAGUGCAAUGUAUGCUGUAAUUGCCUAUAUGUCAUUUGGUGAUAAUUUGGAAAAAGAAGACAAGAAAAUGGGUUGGAGGCUUCAAUAUUAUAAUAUUGCCAACAAAUAUAUGGAAUUACUCUCAUCGAAUCAUUCGAAAAUGCGGGAACGAUAUCCGGAGCUUUUCGUCACUUCAAGCUUCCUUUUUGAUGUGAUUAGUGCCAAGCAAAGAAACGCGGAAAAAGAGAACGAUUUCAUCUAUCACGACAGAGUUCCAAAACAAGAAGAUGCAAUAGAUGCUGUACAGAAAGACGGUGGUGGUGCAAUGUGUAAAGUGAAAACUCUGUCAUUUGAUCCUCUAGAUCCAUCAGUUUGUGGUUGUGAUCUAUUCGGGAAGCUUCUACCCACAUUUGUACAGGAUGCAGUGAAAAAGUAUUCAGAUGACAAGGAUCAAGCACUUCGAGAAAUCAAAGAAUGUGUCAGAUCCUAUGAUGAACAUCUCAAUUAUCAACUACAACUCGCCGAAUUUGAUAAACUUCGAUUUAUGCUCAAUGAGGGAAAGAGGAGCCGAGAAGCUUGGUUCGAGAUUUCUGAAGAUUUGAUGAAAAGGAAUGCUGACAUGACGUCAUACCCGGAUUGUGUACCAAAUUUAAUCGAUAAAAUGGGAGAAUCAUCGGAUACAGCGAGAGUUGCUGAAGCGAAGCUUAAUACGUUGCUCUCAAAGCUUCGAGCUAUUGAUUUGCAGAAGAGCAGCAUUCGGUCGGAUGAAGGCUUUAUCCUCAUUCAGAAGGAGCUCGAACGGCUCGCCGAGCAUCUGGAGCAGGCAAAAGCUCAUAAUGUUUCACUGAAUAAGGCGAUUGCACAGCACUCUGCGAAUUUGCAACUUCUCACGCUUCCGUGUAGAGAGAUGUGGAUGAAAAUUGUGCCGCCGGAGCAGCAGGGAGAGAUGAGAAAUGGCUCGAGUCCGGAAGAGCUCCAAGUGCGAAAAAUGAUUGAAAAAGUGAUGGAAAUGCAGGCGCAACGUCGAAAGCUCGUCGAACAAUUUGAAGCCGAUUUGAAAGCGGAUAAUAUCUCCAAUAAGCUUAUGGGAACCAAUGAACGGGGAGCCGAGGAAAUCAUGAAAUCGGAGCUCACAAAGCACACGAACAUCCAACAGCUCAUUCGGCUUAACAUCACAGCUCAAGACGCAAUUCUUCGUGCAUUUGCAGAUGCAAACGCUGAUUUCUUCGAAGAACGUUUGGCGAUGAGCACAAAAAAAGAGGAAUACGAGAAGCGUGUCUCGGAGCUCUGUGCUUCUUAUGAAGUUUAUCGAGAUGUUUCCAAAAAAGUUGAUGAGGGAGAACAAUUCUAUCGGCAGUUGAUGGCUAGAUGUGAUCAAUUUGCGAUUCCGGUUCAUGCGAUGGAAGAGCAAUAUCGCGAAGAGAUGGAAAAGAAGGAAAGAGCCAAGAAAGAGGCGGAGCAUCAUUUGAAUCAAAUUCGAAUGAGCCGAGAUGCUCAAAAUGCUCUUAUGGAUUUUGGUGGAGGACGAGGAGGAGGAGCUCCCGGAGCACGAGCACAACAACAAGCCUAUCAACCAUCCAGAGGAGCAGCUGGAGCUGGAGCUGGAGCUCCACGAGGACCACGGCUCGGAGACUUUAUGGAUAGCUACCGGGCUCGGAAACAGGCCCCGCAGGCUCAAAUUCCAGAGGAUCAAGGACCACCAUCGCCCACGCCGAGCAGUAUUUGUGAUUUUCCUGUGCAGAGCCAGCGAAGUCAGAGAUUUGGAGCAUUUGAGGGGGCUCAGGGAGCUCCGGGAGCCCAGAGAGGAUACCAGGGACCUCACAGCCCGGUUCCGGGAGCUUUAACAGGCUCACAGGCUUCUGGGCCUUUUGGAGCACCGCCAGGAGCCCCACACGGCUAUGGAGCACCACUUCAAGCUCCACCACAAGCUCCAUAUGGCUAUGAUCCAUCCCGUUACCAAGAUCCAUCGACAUAUCCGGCUCCACCGCCGAUUCUUCCGGGCUCAGCGGCCUAUGAGCAUGCGAUUAGGCCGUAUCCGGGGGAUACGGGCUCGUAUCAGGUGCCACGAAUCGUCCCCGGAGCACAAUAUGGAGCUCAAGCCGGCUCUGGAGCAUACUUUGGAGCACAAUUCGGAGCUCAGGGAGCCCAAGGAGCACAUUUUGGAGCACAAGGAGUACAAUUUGGAGCUCAGGGAGCCCAAGGAGCACAUUUUGGAGCACAAGGAGCCCAAGGAGCACAAUUCGGAGCUCAGGGAGCCCAAGGAGAACAAUUUGGAGCUCAGGGAGCCCAAGGAGCACAUUUUGGAGCACAAGGAGCCCAAGGAGCACAUUUUGGAGCACAAGGAGCCCAAGGAACACAAUUUGGAGCUCAGGGAGCCCAAGGUCCACCACCGGCAAGCUAUGGAGCCCCCACACCACCUCAAGCUUCCUAUGGACCUGCUCCAGGAGCACAUGGAUAUCAAAACGGAGCCCAGGGACCCCCUGGAGCUGAAGUCGGAGCCCAAGGUCCUCCUGGAGCACAUUUUGGAGCUCAUGGAGCUUCAGCACCACCACCAACAAGCUAUGGAGCCCCCACACCACAAAGACCACCUCAAGCUUCCUAUGGAGCUGCUCCGGGAGCACAAGGACCCCCUGGAGGACAAUUUGAAGCUCAUGGAGCUGCAGCACUACCACCAACAAGCCACGGAGCCCCCACACCUCAAGGACCGUUUGGAGCUGCUCCAGGAGCACAAUUUGGAGCACAAGGACCGUACGGACAGCAAGGAGCCCGCUAUGAAGCUCAAAAAUCGCCAGGAGCAGCAAUUUUUGGAGCUCCGGGAGCACCACCACAACAUCAAGGAUCCUUUGGAGCACAGUUCGGAGUACCACCGCCUCAAAAUUCAGCUCCUGGAGCUCAAUUUGGAGCCAAGCCAGAAGCUUCAUCUCAUGCUCCAACCCCACCACCACAACCUCACCCAUCAUACCAGGCACCGGCUCCACCACCGGCUCUUUCCGUCUUCCAGCAUUCUCCACAAGGAGCACCGAUAACAGCUCCACCGCCAGCUUCUUCUCAUCAUGAGCAUAUUGCUGCUCCUCAAGCUCGUUUCACACCGACUCCAGGUGCUCCGUCGCCAUGGCAUGCGACUCCGGCUGAGCUCAAGACUCCAUGGAACACUACACCACAGUAUCAUGCUCCGCCAGGAGCUCAAGCUGCUGCUCCAGAAGCCCCCGCGGCUCCGGCUCCGGGAGCCCCAGCUGCUCGGAGCAACGUGGAUUUGCUGAGCGACCUGCUCGGCGACUUUAACUUGCCUCCACAGCCGAUUCAGCCGACGGUUCACAGCACUCAACAGCUCCAGCAUCAGGCUCCCCAGCAGCAGGAGAUGUCGGAUUUUCGAAUUGCCGCCGCCACACUGAAUCCGCCGCCGGAAUCGGUUAAACCGGUGAAACCGGCAGCCGCUGUUCAGCCAAUGCCUCAAAUGACGGCUCAACAAGUACCGGCUCACGGAGCACAAGAGACUCCGAUCCUCAAAUCGUCUGAGCUUUCGAGCUCGGCGAGCACAAGCAGCAGCAUCACAGAGCUCUCGGAUCCGAGCAAAUUCCAGUUGGGAGUUGGAAAUGUGCAGAAGCUGGAAAAACGAAUGCUUCAUCAGAGUUUUAGAAACCAAGGACCGCCUCCACCAAUGAAUCAAUCGGAUCCACUCAAUCAAAUUGAUGCAUUCAGUAGCUUCAUGACGCCACGUCAUCAAUAAUUAUUGAUUUUUCUGUAAAAAUGUAUUGAUUUUUUUUUUUGUAAAAAUUCUCUUUUUUUUUGUUGUGAUUUUUCCUGAUUCCGAGUCUACUUAAAGUGCCCAUUUUUAUUGCAUAAUUCUAUAAUUAUUCCCUUCGAGACCCCCCUCCCCGAUGAAAUAUUAUUAUCAUACAUUCGCGUUUUUGCACGAAUGUGUAAUAAUCGAAAAAAAAUUCGUUUUUUUUGUAUCAUAAUUUUUCUGCUAUAAUAGAAGAGACGCAGACAAAAAUGUUGUUCCCCGCAACGAAAACACGCCGAAGCCACGUCGAGCUAUUACCACGUGGCUUCCGCGUGUUUUCGUUCGAACUGCAAUUCAUUUUUUUUUCGAUUUUUUCUCCUUUUUUUGUGAUUUUCUGCUACUACUUGAAGUUUUUUCUCUAUAAAUUUCGUAUUUAUUGAUUUUUUUUCUCGCCGAUUUUAUAGAAAAACUUUUUUUUUCAGCUAAUUUUCAGUUGCUUUUGCACUGCACUUCUUUGGAUAUUUCUAACUUUUUUUGUUUAAUUUUUUUUUCUGAGUUUUGAUGGGAAAAGUUUAAAGUUUACAGAAAAAUCGAUAAUUUUUUUUUGAACAAAAAAAAAACUUUUUAACAAAAAGACUUGAAAACUGAAAAAAAAAUUGCAAAAAAAAAAAUUUUUUUUAAUUUUUUUCCAGAUUUUUCCCUUAAACGAACGUUCAGAAUUUGUAUUUAUAGCGAAAAAAAUCAAUUUGCUUUCCAAUUUUUUCUGGCGAGCUUUGGUCAUUUGUUUACGGCUCCUUUUUUUUCUUGUUUGCUGCAAAUCAGCUGCAUUGUUACUUAUAAAAUUUAGAAAUUAGAA